UUCAAAACAAUUUCACUGAAAAAAUUUCUUUUGAAUUUAAUGCCCUUUCAAACUUUCAAGGUCGCCGCCUCGUGUCGCUACUGUCCAGCUGCUCAGCUCGUGAUUAUCGAGAAAAAAUCGUCUGCCUUUCUUUGCGGUUGUACGGUAUCUCAGGAAGAUGCUGUCUAGUCAAGUAAUUAAGAGUGGUCUAAAGGCUGCUCUGAGCACCAAAAAACCAGUGGCCGGUGCCAUGAUUGCCCGCAGUGCGCACCAUGGUGUUGUAGACUAUGAACUAGAGAAGAUCGGCAAACGAGAGGUCGUCGGUUAUGGAAUGAAUGGAGAUCCCAACUACGUUGAUAGAUUCGACUUUCCAUUCCCAGCUAUCAGAUUUAAGCCCGACGACGCAAUUCAAGCUUUGAAAGAGAAAGAGAAGGGUGACUGGAAGAAACUUACCAAAGAGGAGAAGAAAGCUCUAUACAGAGCCUCUUUCUGUCAGACAUUUGCUGAAUUCCAAGCUCCCACCGGCCAGUGGAAAUCCAUCUUCGGAUGCUCACUCAUCUUUGUCUCUCUAGGAAUUUGGUGUCUCUACUUCACCAAACAAUUCGGUUUUGGACCUAAAUUCCCAAGAAGUUUCCAAGAAGAUGCUCGUACUGCGCAGUUGCAGCGUUUGCUGGAUAUGGAAUACAAUAUCAUCGAAGGUCUCGCUUCCGAAUACGAUUAUGAGAAGGAGCAAUGGAAAAAGUAGAAGUUAUUCUACGGUAAUCUGUAUAUAAAAGAGUCGCGCUAUAAAAACUUAUUGUACAACUUUUGAAGAUGUACGAUAUUAGUCAGAAUGGUUGGUUACAAAGCGGUCGUACUAGCUGUGUAUUAACCUCUAAGAUGGCGUACUUGAUAGCGACAAUUAAUUCACUAAUUAUUAUACUUUUGUGUAAUAUUUGGCUCAUAGAACAAACAUUUUUUAUUUUUAAUUUGAAAAUAAUUUCAUGAAAUGAAAUCUAUUCAGCUUUGUUAACUUGUAAUUCCGGAACAUUUAUUAAUGUUCUACGAUUACCUUAUUAUGUCUAGCACGUCAGAGAUACCGUGCCCAAUCACUUAACAAAUAAUUAAGUUUGAAAUUAAGUCUUGUGUAUUGAAAUUAACCGGUGCAAUCUAAUUUCUCAUUUGGAGCUUGUGUAGUUACCAAUGUUACCAAAUAAAAGUCCAUGUUGGGCUUGCUUUGGAUUUAAAAAUCUAUAUAGCUACGUGCAAAGAUGAAUGUUUGUUUGUCUUAUGAUCAAUCAAUCGUUGGAAAUAAAACGUAGUCGAAUAAAGUAGUUGUUUCUAA